UAAGAUAAUAAAAUCGGGUUGGUGUCAAGCGUGACGAGUAAACGUGUUUGGUAGUUAUAAAUGUUUGACGCGCAUAAUACUUGGGUUGUGUCUCAAAACCUCGUGACCUGCCUACUUAGACAGCAUUUUAGGGCAUAGAGGCGCGUUGCUCAAAUGUGGUGUCGUGUCCUGACUUGACAGCUCCAUAGGUUUUUAAAACACAGCCAUUACUAGCUCGUUAAUCUACUGUAUAACUAACUGUAUACAAACAUACACUGCCGCUGUCAGGAGGAGGGACGAUUAUGCUUGUACUCAUAGCGUAAAUCGCGAAAUAAGCACAUGUGGAUGUGUCGUAUUCGACUGUCGUUAGUAUCAUUUGAUGGGACUGAAGGAUGGCAGCAAAGGAGGAUCUUUACUCAAAGAUAAUUCCUCGCAGAUUGAGACAGAACAGUUGCGUUUCUGUCAAACAUGGAUCCAAUCUGGACGUGCUGCUUUCGAUGGGAUUUCCUCAGCAGAGAGCAUUGAAAGCUCUGGCAUCGACUGGAGGCAGAAGUGUUCAGCUUGCAUGUGACUGGCUUUUCUCUCAUUUGGAUGACCCUUUUCUGGAUGACCCUUUACCAAGAGAGUAUGUGCUGUAUCUGCGCCCCAGUGGGCCAUUACAAAACCAGCUUUCUCAUUUCUGGCAGCAGUCUCGCUUAACUUGUGGAAAAAACAAAGCUCACAACAUAUUCCCACACAUCACACUCUGCCAGUUCUUUAUGUGUCCAGACAAUAAACUAGUGGCUCUGUGUGAAGCUCUGCAGUCUGCAGUGAAUCAAUGGAGAGGACGUUUCCCCAGCCCCCUGCCCCUGGAGCUCUACACCUCCACCAACUUCAUAGGCCUCUUCGUGGAGGAGCAGGUGGCUGAGACGCUGAAGAAGUUUGCGGCUGACUUUGCGGUGGAGGCUGCUGCUAAAGCUGAUGUUCAUGUGGAACCCCAUAAAAAGCAGCUUCAUUUGACUCUAGCCUAUCACUUCCCAACCAAUCAUUAUACUAUCUUGGAAAAGUUGGCAAGAGGGAUUGAAGUCAAGCUGGGUUGUGACUGGCUCGCCACCCUCUUCUCACGAGACAUACGGUUUGCAAAUCACGAGACUUUGCGAGUGAUGUACCCCUACACUCCUCAGAAUGACGAUGAGCUGGAACUGGUGCCUGGAGACUUUAUCUUCACGACUACAGUGGAGCAAAUGAGCACUAGUGAGGGCUGGGUGUUCGGCACGUCUCUGGGUACAGGCAUCUCUGCCCUGCUGCCUGAGAACUAUGUGAGCCCGGCUGAUGAGUCUGACACCUGGGUCUUUCAUGGGUCACACUCCUUCUUUUGUACUUCCCCUUCGGAAAAGGGUUGCAAGGAGAGCAAAUCACUGGAUGGGCUGCUCAACAUACGAUGCUUUGAAAACUCAAAGUUGGGAGAGUCUGCCAUCUUGAGUGUUAUUUGCCAACCUAUGCAGGUGCUUCGCUCAAGCAUCCAGUCUCGGACCCCUAAAAGGACCUUGUUUGUGUGUCGGCAUGGAGAACGAAUGGAUGUUGUGUUCGGGAAACACUGGCUCUCACAGUGUUCUGACUCUAAAGGCAGGUACGUGAGGAGUAACCUGAAUAUGCCUGCUGAACUACCUGCCUGGGGUGGAGCACACAGGGACUAUGGAAUGGAUUCUCCUAUCACAGUGUUUGGAGCUACACAGGCGAAGAUAGUGGGUGAAGCUUUGCUGGAAAGUAAUACCACUAUUGAUUUUGUGUACUGCUCACCCAGCCUCCGAUGUGUCCAGACAGCUCAUGAAAUCCUCAGAGGAAUGCAGCAAGAUGGAAGAAUAAGCAUUCGAGUGGAGCCUGGGCUUUUUGAGUGGACUAAAUGGGUGUCAGGAACGUCUUUGCCUGCUUGGAUACCCCCCAUAGAUCUUGCUGCAGCCAACCUUAAUGUAGACACAACAUACAGACCUCACAUCCCCAUUAGCAAUCUAACCGUCUCGGAGGCGUAUGAUACGUACAUCAGUCGCAGCCACCAGGUGACCAAAGACAUUUUGGCAUACUGCAAAAAUAAGGGAAAAAAUAUUCUAUUUGUGGGACAUGCUUCUUCUUUGGAGGCCUGCACUCGCCAGAUCCAGGGCCUUUCUCCCCAGAAUCCUAAGGAUUUUGUGCAAGUAGUUCGAAAGAUUCCAUAUCUGGGUCUGUGUGCCUGUGAGGAGCAGGGGGACUCAGGGGUCUGGCAGCUAGUGGACCCACCCAUUCUUCCUUUAACUCAUGGGCCCAACCACAGCUUCAGCUGGAGAGAGACCUUACAGCAAGAAUGAGCCUAUCUGUAGGAUCUGGCCACCAGAGACUGGAAUGUUAACUGCACUGGAAGCACACAUCUGAGAAUAUUUUUAAACAGAUGUAAUCGGUCACAGCCAGGUUUAAUUUAUGCAAAUACGAUAUGGGAUGUGGCAGAGUUUUUGUUUGCAGGUGGACAGAGGAGGCCACACUGAAUAAUAUGAACAUUUGUGAUCAUGUUUACUGAGCCUUUAAAAGGCUUUCUCAGGGCAUUGGCUAUCACUUUUAACAAGUCAAAAUGCACAGUGGCAUAAUGCAGCACUUAUUGUAAAGAUUAAAGGGGUCAUUUGAUGCGAUUGUUAAUUCAAUCACAAAUGCAGAUAUGGUUUUGUUUACGCAGCGUUUACACAACGCUACGUAAAGAGACACUACUGGUGCAUCUCAAUAAAUUAGAAUGUCAUGGAAAAGUUCAUUGAUUUCAGUAAUUCAACUCAAAUUGUGAAACUUGUGUAUUAAAUAAAUUCAGUGCAAACGGACUGAAGUAGUUUAAGUCUUUGAAUCUUUUAAUUGUGAUGAUUUUGGCUCCCAUUUAACAAAAACCCACCAAUUCACUAUCUCAACAAAUUAGAAUAUAGUGACAUGUAAAUCAGCAAAUCAACUCAAAUCACCUGCAAAGCGUUCCUGAGCCUUCAAAACGGUCUCUCAGUUUGGUUCACUAGGCUACACAAUCAUGGGGAAUACUGCUGAUCUGAAACUAGGAAAAUAUGUAGCGCUCCAAACAGAAAAAAAGUUCUAGUACUGCAGGUCCUUGUACUACAGGUGCGUAGAGCCAAUGGCAUUGGAUUGAACAAGAGGAUUGGCUGGCCGCACACUGAUCCACUCCAGACUGGAAGUCUACAAAAAAUUAUUUUAUUUUUCAAAUUGCAUCAUGCAAAAAGGUGCAAAGUGCAUGUGGGUUAAAAACAGAAUGGACACCAGCAAACGUUUCAGCGCAUUGCUAUCUUGUGCUCCACUGAAUACUGCUGAUCUGAAAGUUGUCCAGAAGACAAUCAUUGACACCCUUCACAAGGAGGAUAAGCCACAAACAUUAAUUGCCAAAGAAGCUGGCUGUUCACAGAGUACUGUAUCCAA